UUCGAAUGAAGUCGUUCUAUACGAUUUCACUAUUGAUGGCCUGAUCACAGGUACCCAAAAUGUCCAACUCACCCCACGAGCCCGACGAGAACCACGCCGAUAUUUCUACGUCUACAGAAGAGCCAAACAAAGAAUCAAACUUCCACCCUCCAUCGGAGAUGGCAUCCCCAUCUUCACCUCCAGCUCCCACCCCAAAGAAACCUUCGGCUUUCCAACGGACAUGGAACACUCUCAACCUAAACCCCACCGUCAUAACAAUAAUGAUCAAGCCCGCCAUCGCGGCAACGAUCUCCAUGGCCAUCUACCAAUCCCAUGACGUCGCGAAACAUUACCUGAAUCUCGGGUAUCUGAUGAUCAUCAUUUCCAUCACUACGGUGCCGAUUCUGCCUCGAGGGAAGUUCCUCAUGAAUUUGGUUAUCUCGAUGUUCCUAACUCUCUUCGGCAUCGGCAUGGUAACAUUAGGCCAAUACUGCGGAAUCAAAGCCCGUCAACACACCACUCCCGCAAACGCUCCUCUCGCAAUAGCAAACGGAUAUAAUUCUUCCGCCUCAGCAGUAAACGCUAUUUUCUUCAUGAUCAACAUCUUCGCCAUCUCAACCCUCCGGGCUGCCCGCCCAGCUUUCUCUAUCCCCGCCAUCCAGUACACAAUCCUAAUCUGCGUCGGCUUCGCCUACGGACCCCAAGAACCCACCAUUUCAGCCUCGCACCGCUUUAUCAAGGAGCUCCUAUACGCAUUCCUCACCGGCCAGGGUAUCUCCGCCGCGGUCUGUCUAUUCAUCAUCCCUGUCUCAUCAAGAAAAGUGUUCUUCGCUGAGUCCAAAGGAUUUCUAAUGAGCUGUAGAAGCCUGCUGAAAAAACAAGUUGAUUUUAUAAAGGUGCUAAGAUUCGAGAAGGUUGACGGAGACCUACAUGUAAAGGAGAAGGCGAAAGCGUUAAAGGAAGCUUCAACGGGCAUCUUAUCUCUAGGCGCGAAAUUGAGAGAAGAUGUUCUUUUCGCCAAGCGGGAAAGUGCUAUGGGACAUUUCCGGGAGACGGAUAUAAGUGAACUUCACGGACUUUUGAGGAGGAUCAUGAUCCCUAUUAGUGGGUUAGCGACCAUUGUCGAGAUUUCCGAGGGUAUGCAGGAGGAGAUUGGCGAGCAGGGGGUAGGAGAGGGAGAGGACAGGAAGGAGUGGACGGAUAUGCUUUCUAAGGUGAGGGACACGUUUGAGGGUAUGGUUGAGAUUUUGGAUGAGAGUUUGCUUCAUGUUUUGAUUUUAUUGGGGUUUGUGCCUGCGUCGACGAGGGGAAGUAGUACGCGAGAAGAGGACGUUGAGAAGGGAGCUGGGACUCUUCCGAGAGCUGGGGAAGUGGGAUUUGGAGAUCAUCUUGAGCAACGGAUUAAAGAGUUUCGGAGAACGAGGACGGAGGAGCUUAAGCGGUGGGCUGGUGAACGGGGAUUAAACUCUGUGUUUCGGAGUGGGGUGAAGGGUGCUCCUCCUUCAGCUGGAUCCGAAAUUGCCGCAGCGACCUCGAGGGAUAUUCUCGCUUCGAAGAGGUUACAUAUCAUUAUGUUCAUGGAGUACCUACUAUGGUCAACCUCCCUCUCAAUCCUCUCCCUAGUCCUCUUCUCCGAGCAAAAAUCUACUUCCAAAACCACCCACCUCAUCCUCCCCAAACUCCGCACCCUCAAAAAAUGGCUAUUCGGCCUCCUCUCCGGAGACCCCUCUUCCUCCUCCAACCUCACGGACCCGGACCCUCUUACCAUCUCCUCCGAAAUCUAUCUCGGCUCCUCCUUCUCUCCUCCAAAGGACCCAGAACAUCUCCCGCCAAAGAACAGGCUCCAGAAAUGCGGCAAUGGACUGAGAGCUGCCCCGAGAUGGCUGCGCAGCGAGGCGGUCGGGUUCGGGGUCAGGGUUACGGUGGCUGUUAUGUCGGUUAUGAUACUGGCUUUUUUGAGGCAGACGCAUGGGUUUUUUAUAGAGCAGAGGGGGGUGUGGUGUUGUGUCAUGGUUGUUAUUGGGAUGUCCCCCACGUCCGGCUCCGCCGUCUUCUCCCUCCUCGGUAACCUCACCUUCACGCUCUUCGGCAUGGUCGGCGCGUAUAUAAACUGGUACAUCGUGGACCAGAAGACCGCUGGCGUGAUCGUCGUCUUCUUCUUCUUCAUGAUGUUUUAUUUUUAUUUUUGUGCUAGGUUUCCAAGGUUUCUGGUUGCGAUUGUGGCUGGGGCUUUGACGCAUGUUUUGGUUGUUGGAUACGAACUCCAAGUCCGCGUCAUAGGCGUCGAGCAAGCUACAGCGACAGGACAACUCUACUACCCGCUCUACAAACUAGCCCCCUACCGCCUCCUGAACGUCGGAGCCGGCGUCCUAGUCGCUUACAUAUUCACAAUCUUCCCCGUCCCCAUAACAGAAGCAUCCACCCUCCGCCGCGACCUGGGCCUCUCUUUCUUCCUGCUCUCGAAAUACCUCUCCGCCGUAACCGCAACCGUCGACCUCCGCCUCUCAAACCGCGGCGACUCCCAAGACAAAAAAUCCCCCGCCAGGAGAUUAGAGAAGAUGCGGCACAAGGUAUUGGAGAAACAACUCCAUUUACUAGGCAGUAUGAGGACGAACCUCGCUUUCUUGCCCUGGGAUUUACGGCUCGGGGGCGAGUUUCCCGUGGCGCUGUAUAGGGAGGUUGUUGAUGAGGUUCAGAACAUAACAAACUACCUAACAAUAAUAUCCUACGCCACAGAAUCCUUUCCCUCUUUCCACCUCCCUCCUCCUUCCCCUUCCUCCCCUCAAACUGCCCCAACACCAUGGCUAACCCGCUUCUCGCACUUCCGCCGCACGACCACGCCGGAAGCGCACCAUCUCACUACCCUCUUGACAUUGUUGUCAGCAGCGCUAAGGAACGCGCAGCCGUUGCCGCCGUAUCUGGCGCUGGGAGACGUAGGCAGGGUGAGUGACGAAUUGAUCGAUGGGGGAGGGGAGUUGUUGGAGUUGGGACAUUUGGAUGAGCCUGGGUUUAGGGCGGUUGCUGUUGUGGAGACGGGGCAGAGGUGUGUGGUGCGGAGUGUAGGCAGGUGUGUGGAGAGAGUGAGGGAUCUUGUUGGGGAGGUGGAUUUUAGUUUUCGUCUCGUUGUUGAGGGGGAGGAGAAGGUGAAGGGUGCUUAAUGGAAGUAUGUAUGUCUGUGUCCCGCGAGAGAAGAAAGAGGGAAUGGAAAGUAGUUUUAGGAGAGAGGAGUAAGGAGUUCUAUGCUAAAGAUUUUAUUGUUUGAUGCUAUUCUACUUCAAGUUGAAAAUCCAAAC